GUCGACUGAGUCCAAUUCACGCUGCGCAACCGCAGUCGCUGGUUUGUACGCUGGGGGGAUAACAUCUUGCGCUGCACUUGCCGACGUUCUGUCCAAUUUCGGGCAGCUUAAAAAGUGAAACCACCCCUGGGAGGUGACUACGUCAAGUGUCUACAGGUUGCACUCUCCCGCGGAUAGGAAUCGAUGAGAUGCGAAGACAGUGUGGCAGGAUUUACACUUGGUAUUGCGCCGGGGAGCUGUAUGGCAUUGAAUGAUCAUUGUGCGGGGAGCGUCCCUUAUGCGCUUUCUCCGAAUCACGAAUCGGAUCACAUGGACGUGUGGCACUCCGACUGGCAGGCGCCUGGAGCUGAUAGCAAUGACGGAGCCAAUCCUGAGGAUGACCUCAUGCAUGAUGUGCUAGCUGAGCAGCGCUCAAAUGGCAGGGAUAAUGAACUUAACCAUCAGCUUGUGCAGCAUAAAAUUUGUUGAGGACUCGGAGUAUUUGCGUGAUCCUGGAGAAUUUUUAUUCGUUGCGGUGGACCAGAAGAACCUGUCAAAAAUGAUUGCAGUACGCCAGAAAAUUUAGAACAGAAGCUAAAAAGCCCAAACCAGUUCCAGAUUCUACAAUGCAGGUUCAAGUGCUUCCCAAAAUAAUACCUUUAUAGGAAUGUAAAAACAUGUGAUGAUUUGUGGCGAAAAAUAAUUUUACCGUACUAGUUUUUGAUACCUUUGGUAUAUGACUUUGGCUUCCUCACUUUUGAAUAUUUCUCCCUGUGCAUAAAGUAGUCGCCUUCGUCACUGCGUUGAAUAUCACAGUUAUAAAAUGAAAAUUAAACUUAUUCUUAUCGCAAUUCAAUCUUCUUCCCCAGGAGGUAUCACCCGUUUUAGAGGGCCAACGUCUAACGACCCACCAUAUACACCGCCUGAUCGAUUUGUACCGCUCGGAGCAUCGUCUCUGGAACCAGUCGCAUUCCUCAACAUGGAGCUGUGCCGCGACUCCUGGCGUAGGAUAACGAAUGCCUGGAGUACUUAUUGCUGCCGAAGCUUCGGCGUGACGGAAGUUCGGAUCCGCGUCUCGACGCUGUGUCAAAGAUUUCUCAAGCAAAGGAAGCGCUAGGAGGCGGACUGUGAAUUGGAUGAUAUUACCAAGUUUACGCACUUUGAACAAUUGAGCUUCCUGUGCAAGCAGCAAUCUUUAUAAAAACGGCAUCGUCACUAUGCCCGAGAGAACUGCCGUCUACUACAGCUUUACGAACAAUAUCCGGUCCUAUGGCACAAUGCACACAAACGGGUUCGAUGGGACGCUCUCCUGGGUCUCCAGAUGGCAUCACGACUUUCGGGGAUUAGCCUGUCGCCCGUGGUUAUCCAGCGACGGUUGCAACCGCUGCGCAAGCGAUAUCGACUGGAAAAGAUAAGCUAUCUGCAAAGUGUGGUGGAGGGAAAGCAGGCCGAAUUUAUAUCCGGAUUCGAACACUACACGGAAAUCGAGUGCCUGCACAAGCACAUCGACCCUUAUGUGUGUGCUGUUCGUAGAAAGAUUUUUGAGAAUCUAGUAGGUCACCAAAUCCAUGUGCAGAGCAACUGUGAAGUGAAAAAAUUGGGUAAUGCUAAAAACCAGGAGAUGAGAAAACGCAUAAAAGAAGGGCUAAAUGAAGAGAAGAAGUUGCAGUUGAUUUCUUAAAGGAAAUUUUGAAAGUACCACAAUGGACAAUGAUGCCAAAGGCAUGAACGCUAAUUCCGAAGCACCUUCCAACAAAACGAAACCUAAUUAAUGU